AUGUACCUCGCCCUAGCUUCAGCUCUCCUUCCCCUCGCGACAGCCAGAUCCCUCUGGUCUGAUUCCCCCGGUAGCUAUGCGGAUCUUAUCACUACUGCGUUUCCGUUAGGGAAUGGUCGGUUGGGAGCAAUGCCCCUCGGCCUCACCGGGAAGGAAAUCAUCAAUUUGAAUAUUGAUUCCUUGUGGCGGGGUGGUCCGUUCGAAAGUCCAGAUUACUCUGGAGGUAAUCCCAACGUCUCCAAGGCAGAUGCCCUCCCCGGCAUCAGACAGUGGAUCUUCCAGAACGGCACGGGGAAUGUCUCUGCGCUGCUGGGGGAGUUUCCGCAUUACGGGUCAUACCAGGUUCUGGCGAAUCUGACGGUUGAUUUGGGGGAUUUUGGCAGUGCGGCUGAUUACAGGCGGCGUUUGGAUUUGCAGACUGGGGUGUAUGCGGAUCAGUUCUGUGUGGGGGAAGUGAAGAGUCGUGUUGAUGUUGAUGUUGAUGUUGAUGUUGAUGUUGAUGUUGAUGUUGAUGUUGAUGACAGGGAGGCAUUCUGCUCGUAUCCUGACAGCGUAUGCGUUUAUCGUCUUGCAUCGAAUACGAGUCUCCCGGCUGUUGCGGUCCAUCUGGAGAAUCUGCUGGCGGCACCGAAGCCGAAUGUCACCUGCUCGGGGAAUAGUAUCAGUCUGUAUGGGCGGACGUUCCCGGCGAUCGGGAUGCGGUAUAAUGCUAGGGCGACGGUAGUAGUUCCUGGUUUGAAAGGUGAUUUGUGUGCGCAAUCUGCAGUCCGUGUGCCAGGGGGUCAGAAGGAGAUUGUCAUUGUGGUUGCAGCUGGAACGGAUUACGAUGCAUCCAAGGGAAAUGCGGCAGCCGGGUUCUCUUUCAGAGGGAACGACCCCUCUGAUGAUGUGCUAAAGACAGCGUCCAAGGCAGCGGGGAAACCGUAUUCACGGCUAAAGUCGGCGCAUGUCAAGGACUUUCAGAGCAUCUUUGAUGGCUUCACCCUCACCCUCCCAGACCCGCACAACUCCGCCAGCAAGCCGACCACUGCUCUCAUCAACGCCUACACCCAGCCGGGCGACCCGUACGUUGAAAACCUGCUCUUCGACUAUGGUCGGUAUCUGUUCCUCUCGUCCUCGCGACCAGGGAGCCUUCCGCCGAACCUGCAAGGGCUCUGGACGGAACAGUACUCCCCGGCGUGGAGCGCGGAUUACCAUGCCAACAUCAACCUGCAAAUGAACCACUGGGGCGUCGAGCAGACCGGGCUAGGCGGGCAGACGGAGCCGCUCUGGUCUUAUAUCCUUGAGACCUGGCUGCCGCGCGGUGCAGAGACAGCGCGGUUGUUGUAUAACGCCGACGGGUGGGUGACGCACAACGAGAUGAAUAUUUUCGGGCAUACCGCGAUGAAAGACUCGGCGCAAUGGGCCAACUAUCCGGCCGUCAACGCGUGGAUGUCCCAGCACGUCUGGGAUCAUUUCGACUAUACCCGGGACAUCAAAUGGUACCGAACAGUCGGCUAUCCGAUUCUCAAGGGGGCAGCCCAGUUCUGGCUCUCGCAGCUCGUCCAGGACCAGCACUUUAACGACGGAACCUGGGUCGUCAAUCCUUGCAACUCGCCCGAACACGGUCCAACGACCUUCGGCUGCACCCACUACCAACAACUCGUCUGGGAACUCUUCGACCACGUCCUCCGCGGCUGGACAGCCUCAGGCGACACCGACGCCUCCUUCCGCUCCGCCAUCGCCUCCAAACUCGCGUCUCUCGACCCCGGCAUCCACAUCGGGUCCUGGGGCCAGAUCCAAGAGUGGAAACUCGACCUCGACACGCCAAACGACACCCACCGCCACCUGUCCAACCUCUACGGCUGGUACCCGGGCUACUCCAUCUCCUCGGUGCACGCGCACAACACAACCAUCACCGACGCGGUGGCUACAACGCUCACCUCCCGCGGCUCCGGCGUCGAAGACUCGAAUACCGGCUGGGGAAAGCUGUGGCGCAGCGCCUGCUGGGCGGUCCUCAACGAGACUGCCAACGCAUACGGCGAGCUCACCCUCGCGAUUCAGAAUAAUUUCGCCGCGAAUGGGUUCGACAUGUACUCCGGUAACCCGCCGUUUCAGAUCGAUGCCAAUUUCGGGGUCUUGGGGGCGGUGAUGGCGAUGCUUGUCAGGGAUUUGGAUGGAGCGGGAGACGUGCAGGCUGUCCUGCUGGGGCCGGCGAUUCCGGCGAGCAUGGACUCCGUCAAAAACAAAGUCUACGCGGUAACCGGCGUUGCGGGCAUCGGCCUAGCCGUCGCGGAGCAACUGCACGCCCGCGGGGCGCGCCUCUCCCUCGCAGACAUCGACGCCAACGCGCUGGCCAGCGCAUUCGCGAAACUCGGCUCCGACAGUGAGACGGUCCUUACGACGGUCGUGGACGUGGGGUCCUCCGCUUCCGUGGAUGCGUGGAUCGAUGCCACGGUGCAGAAGUUCGGGCGGCUGGACGGCGCGGCGAACAUGGCGGGGACGAUUGGGCGGAAGCACGGCGUUGGGAAGCUUGUGGAGCAGGAUGAUGAGGAGUGGGAUUUUCUGCUCAGGGUGAAUCUCACGGGGAUGAUGUACUGUCUGCGGGCGGAGGUGAGGAGCAUUGCGGCGACCGCGGGCGAGGGCAGUAUCGUCAAUGCGGCCAGUAUCCAGGGGCUGCGAGGGUUUGCGCUGCAUGCGGCAUAUUCUACGACCAAGCAUGGGAUUGUGGGGUUGACGAAGAGUGUGGCUAAGGAGGUUGGCCCGGCUAUCAGGGUCAAUGCGGUUGCUCCUGGGACUAUCCAGACGCCCUUGCUUGACAAGGCUCGUGAUAUUCAGGGCACGCUGAAUGCUAUGCCCACGAUUAUCCCGCGCAUUGGGACGGCCGAUGAAGUCGCGCAGUCCGUGCUGUUUCUGCUGAGUGAUGCCUCGUCGUAUACGACUGGCUUGGUUCUGAAUGUCGACGGUGGCUGGGAUCCUUGA